UUUAGUACGGUUUUUGUCGUGACGGAAAAUUGUUCCAAAUUCUCCAGACAUUUUUCGAAGAAUUGUGCGUGGUUUGAGAGAAAUUUGACGAUAACAGAACCCGCUGUAACGGGAAUGGAAUUGUUUUCGUUUUUCUUGUUUUACCAAUGAAAGCUUUACGUGUCCUAUUCAAAUCAUUCGUAUCGAUUAAUAUUUCUAUUUCAAAUAAUGUUACAAUCAUAUUGGCUGUAUGUGAAAAACAACGUUGUGUAUUUGACAUGUACAUUGAUGUGGAGUGAAGCCAUUCAAGAACUGUAAUCGUUUGCUCAUAUGGUUCAUUCAAAUUGUAUACGUUAAUGUCCCAUACUGUGUAUGCGAACACCUACACAGUUCGUUUUGAAGAAAAAAAUUUCGAGGUGAUCUCUUACCACAUAGCUGGAACAUUUUUUCACAUAUGAUGAAACGAAAACAGCGACGAUACAGGACAACGUUCAAUUCACUACAGUUACAAGAAUUGGAACGUGCAUUCCAGAGAACACAUUAUCCGGAUGUGUUCUUUCGGGAAGAGCUGGCUGUACGAAUUGAAUUGACGGAAGCUCGAGUGCAAGUAUGGUUUCAGAAUCGUCGAGCUAAGUGGCGCAAGCAAGAAAAACAUUUUACGAAGGGAAAUUAUGACGCAAAUGCUAUGAAUCCUUAUGACGCCCCUCCGCAAACACCAACGUUAAGCGAUGCAAUGUCACCAUCUGCAAUAAUAACGGAACAGUCACCCGUCCAACAUACUCUAGACCCUGACUCUAAGAUAACGUUAGGAAAUCUGUCUCCCGGUCGACUCUCACCCAAUCUCUUUCUCGGUAUCAAUUUGGAUCCGAACGGCAUGGAUCGCAAUAAUUUAUCAUUUGAAUGGACGAGCUAUGCGUCACCAUCGACCUCAUCGACAGCUAACAAUAACCAUCAACAAUUCCAACAUCGAUCUAUCAAUAGCGACCCGAAUUGUCUGAAUAUGGAGGAUACAACUCCCUACGACGACAUUAAGUUCCUAAAUGCCGAACAGUUCAAUAUGGAUUCGUACAAAGGUGAUUGCAUAUUGAACAUAGAUCCGAAUAUGCUGGUCGAUGAUCAGCAGAAGCAGCAUAAUAUCAUUGGUUUGGAUUUGCAUAAUUUUACGUUUGAUGAUGACGAUGGUAUUGACAAAUCAUCGCCGCUGUUGGAUUUGGAGCGACCGCUGAUUAACAUAACAGUGCAAAAUAUGGGUGAAAAAUAUUAGAGUAAUUUUAGUGUAAAUUUUUUGUUGGUUUUAUCUAAUCGUUGUGAUUGUGAAUGUUUGUUAAGAACGGUAUAUGCAGUUCUUCGGAAUGUUUUUACCAGCAAUUUUUAGUAUUUAGCAUUGACGAGUGGUUUAAAUCGGGAAAAAUUUAAUUGAUUCAGAGAAAUAAAGUUCCUUUUUCCUACUUGGUGGUAAUUCAAUUUUUGGAACCAAUUUUUUGCACUUUUAGAAGUGGCUCAGUGUUUGACAUUAAAUCUGCUACUUCACCAAUUUCAACCUAAUAAUAAAUGAACAGUCGCCAAAGUGUCGGUCGUUGUCGUUGAAAAACGUUUGUUUUGGCAAUUUUGUAGAAAAUACGAAAUCAAUAUAUUGACCUCCAAUACUCCUUUGCCCACGUAAAAAAUACCACUUUCGUACCUAAGCUGUUACUGCUGUUACUAUCCGUUUCUCUGAUUUUAAUUCGUGGCAAAUAUAAUGAGAGAACGAAAAUAGGAUAUUUUACGUGUGCAAAAGAGUGUAGAAGACAAAAUUGGGAGUGAUCCGUCGUUCCAGCAACUGCUCGAUGGUUUUGUUCAAUUUCUCCACAAGGCGAAAUAUACUAUGUACGACAGGCGACUAGGAAAAAUAGAAGAAACUAGAAAAAAAAACUGUUUUGUGCACCAAACAACUGAAAUUCGACCAGUUUAUCGAUUUUUCGUUUGACUUGCCCGCACGAUAAAUCAUAAAAAUGCAAAAGUUGACUACUUGGUAAUUUUCAAAGAACUUAAAUAAGUUACAGAGUUGAAUACAAA